AUGGACAAAAGUGGUGUAGCAGCUCUGGUGGAGAUCCUGUGUAACGGAAGGCCGACUCUCCAGUGCGUGGCCGCGGCAGUGGUGUGUCACAUGACAGAGAAUGUAGCUGUGUGUGAGGAGCUGAUGCGGCACAGUGCCGUCCCGGUGCUGAUUCAACUCCUCAGCAGCCAGCAGCCUGAGCUCCACUCGCGCUGUGCUGUUAUACUGGCAGAUCUGGCCAGCCACAGUGGCCAGUACCAGACCCAUAUCGCUGACCUGGGUGGGGUGGCGCCAGUGGUGCAGCUACUGAACUCUGAGCUCCAAGACGUGCUGCUGAACGUUAUGCGGUGUGUCCGGGCUCUGUGUGUUGGUUGCCCCACCAACCAGACCGCAGUGGCUCUGUCUGGAGGAAUCCCACAGCUGGUUGAAUUCCUCACCGUGAACUCUGAGGUCAUGCAGGAAGAGGCCUGUCUGGCUUUGGCUGAGCUGGCCCGUGACCACAGGGAGAACCAGGAGCUGAUCUGUGGGGCUGGUGCCGUGAGCCCGCUGGUGCAGGUCCUGCGGACCAGAAAGAUGUCUGCCCAGAUCAAAGUAGCUAGUGCUAUUGAGGCCAUAGCGCACCAAAACCCUGCCAUACAGGAAUUAUUUCUGAAGAAGUCUGCUGCCAAAUAUCUUCUACGGGUCUCUAAGGUGUUCCACCAGCAGGCAAGAGAACAGGGGGCCACAGCUCUCUGGGCCCUGGCAGGACACACUCUGAAACAGCAGAAGCACAUGGCCAAGCUCAUGGGCUACCACUUCAUCCUGAACAUGCUCCUGUCCACCUCGGACAAAAUGCAGUACGUGGGUUGCCAGGCAGUGAUAGCCCUCAGCCGGGACAGCUGUACCCACCAGAAAGGCUUCUGCAAAGAAAACGGGGUGCCACCACUGGUGCGGCUGCUGCGUGGGUCCCGUACCACGGAGAGGACUCUCCUUGGUGUCAUCAGCGCCCUACGUAGCCUGUGCAUUGGGGUGGCUCACACUAACAAUGCAAAGAGUCAGAAGGUGAUUUAUGAGGAAAAAGCUAUUCCGACCCUGUUAGAGCUUCUGCAAGGCCAUGAAUCUCUGCAGGUUAAGGUCCAGGUCGCUCAGACUCUGGCUUGCAUCCUGUUAGGGAAUCAGGAGCUUCAGAAAUCCUUCUGGGAACAUGAAGACUUCUCCUACGAUGUCAUUGUGGAGCUUCUGCGAUCCCAAGACAGAAACAUCCGUCUGGAGGCAGGACACGCAUUGGCCUUGUUUGCGUACAAAAACCCAACUCAGCAGACAACAAUUGUGAAAAAGGGUGGUGUUCCGGUGCAGGCCUAUGAGGACUAUCUGAACUCAGAUGAUGAGACCGAGAAGGCCAAGGCUGCAUUUCAGAUAGUUGUGCUUGCUAAAGUGAUCACUGACUCUGACAAAGUGACACUCACUGCAAGAGGGAUCACUGUCCUGGUAGCAUUACUGCAAUCAGAAAAACCCACCACUGUGGUCAUUACAGCUCAGUUCCUGGCGAGCUUGGCUCACACCAGAGCUGGUGUUCCAGAUGCCCUCGUGGCCAUGGGAGCGAUAGGGUAUCUCACUGCCCACCUGCACUCUGGGAUAGAAGAGGUACACUUUGUAAAAAUAAUGAAAUAUUGCAUACUUAAAAAAUUAAGGAAAUAG